UGCUUCACGUUUUGGCACUAACAGGCUUCCAGGAGUCUCCCGUGGAUGACAGUAGUGCUGGAGAUGCUGUAGCUCACACUACCGCUAGAAGACAAACGCCGCGGUCCUCCCACUUCACCCAAAAAGCUCUGGAGCUCAAGGAAGAGGAACUAUUUUAGAUUUUUAAUUAAAAACCGAUGAAUGGCACUUUGCCGUGCGCCGGAUUCCAAACCUGGGAGCGCAUAGGAGGAGAAAGGAACACAGUUUUAUUUCAUUUUUUUCUUUCACUCAGACUCGAGGUGGGGAAAAAGACGCAGCAAUGACAGAGCAGCAGUCGUGCGCAGCGGCGAAAUAGACCAACUAUUGUGGGGAGAUUGAUAACGCAACUGGGGCGAGCGAGGAAAGAGGGAGCUGGCAGAUGUGAAUUUCGGUGCCAGUCGUGUGCUGGAUGGGUUUUUUCCAGCCUUUUCAUCACUCGCUGCUCUCCAGAUUACUUGGGGAUCUCGGACGGCUGUCUUUGAGGAGCUCUUGGUGCUGCAGAGACUGAAACGGAGCAGAGAAGGGGGAGAAGAAGCCAUGUGUCGUUGCGCGACAUAGAAGCUCUUUGUGGGUCUGUUUUGCACCGGGGACAGGUGGUGCCGCGUGUGUGUGCAUGCGUGUGUGUGUGUACGAGCAGGGGGGUGGACACACAACCCCCUGAGACAGUUGUCUUAGGGAUGUCAGGCCGGCGUACGGGAUCAGCUUUUGCCAGAGACAGGUGCGACAGGGAGGAGUAGUUUUCCAAAAGCCCCUGCACAGGAUUCUGGUAACGCACUAACGAGGCUGCUGCUCUCCACACUCUGAUCACUCGGAUUUUUUUUGGGAUCCACCGGGACACAGAAUUGACUCAUAUUGCUGUUCUGUCGGCGGCACCUUUCCCCAGAUAAUCAGAGACUCCACAGUUGUGUUGCUAUGGCAGCCGUGGCCCGGCCCUCCUUCUUCUUGCUCUGUUGGCUGCUCCGAACGGCGAGCCCGGCGUUCCCAGAGGAACCAGGGCCCCUGAACUUCAUCCCCACUGAAGUUGUGAGAAGAUACCCGGUGUUUCUGGGCCGGCCGCACAGAACGUGGCUGAGACAAGAACCUCUACACAUCCAGAGGAUCCUCCAGGUCAACCGGACGCUCUACAUCGGAGCCAGGGAUGACCUUUUCCGUGUGGAGCUGGACAUCGUUGCAGGCGAUGAGAUGUUUUACAGCAAAAAAAGGACAUGGGAGUCAAACAAGAAUGACAUCAGGAUCUGCAGGAUGAAGGGCAAGCAUGAGGAUGAAUGCCGUAACUUCAUGAAGGUCCUGCUCAGCAGACAAGGAGGCCUGUUUUUGUGCGGCACCAACGCCUUCAACCCUCUGUGUGCCAACUACACUGGGGACAAUCUGGAGAUGGUGGGAGACACAGUGAGCGGGAUGGCGAGAUGUCCGUAUGACCCCAAACACGCCAAUGUAGCUCUGUUUGCAGAGGGGAAUCUGUUUACAGCCACAGUUACAGACUUCCUGGCCAUUGAUGCGGUGAUCUAUCGCAGCCUCGGGGACAGUCCCGCUCUGCGCACCGUCAAGCACGACUCCAAGUGGUUCAGAGAGCCAUAUUUCGUCAGCGCCGUGGAGUGGGGACCUCACAUCUACUUCUUCUUCAGAGAGAUAGCCAUGGAGUUCAAUUACCUGGAGAAGGUGGUGGUGUCACGCGUUGCCCGAGUCUGUAAACGCGAUCAAGGCGGGUCGCAGCGAGUCCUGGAGAAACAGUGGACAUCGUUCCUGAAGGCCCGUCUGAACUGUUCUGUACCCGGCGACUCCCACUUCUACUUUAACCUGCUGCACUCCACCAGCCCCAUCAUCAGGAUGCACGGCAGGGACAUCAUACUUGGGGUGUUCUCCACUCCGGCAAACAGCAUCCCGGGUUCGGCGGUUUGUGCCUUUGACAUGGAGCAGCUGGCUGCAGUGUUUGAUGGGAGGUUUAAGGAGCAGAAAUCACCGGAAUCCAUUUGGACUCCUGUUCCAGAUGAAGUCAUCCCAAAGCCAAGACCUGGUGGCUGUGCAGUUCAAGGAUCCAGGUUUAAUUCCUCCAACUCUUUCCCCGAUGAGAUGCUGAAUUUUGUCAAGACCCAUCCUCUGAUGGAUGAAGCGGUCCCGUCGCUUGGACAAAGACCCUGGAUUGUCAGAACGAUGGUCAGGUACCAGCUGAAUAAGAUUGUGGUGGAUACGGAGGCCGGGCCCUAUAGAAACCGCACAGUUCUGUUCCUGGGGUCAAGCAGAGGCACCAUCCUCAAGUUUCUCAUUAUGCCCAACCAGGACAAUACCGUCACCAACAGCAACAUCUUCCUGGAGGAGCUGGAGGGAUUCAACCCCGAUAAGUGUGCUGAAGACUCUCCGCAGGCCAGACAGCUGCUGUCUCUGACUCUGGACCGGGCGAGCCACACUCUGCUGCUCGCCUUCCCGUCCUGUGUGGUCAGAGUGCCGGUGGCUCGAUGCCAGCUCUACUCCAGAUGCAUGAAAAACUGCAUCGCCUCCAGGGAUCCAUACUGUGGCUGGACCAGAGGAAGCACCUGUUCUUUCCUCAGACCUGGGACCAGACUGCCAUUCGAGCAAGAUGUUGAACAGGGAAACGUGGCCCACUUGGGUGACUGUGACGGAAUGCUGCUCCAAGAGAGUUUCAUUGAGGAGCCUGACGGCCUGGUGUGUAACCUGCUGGUGGUGUCUGCUGUUUCAGUCGCCACAGGAGCCAUCCUCUCCGGCCUCACGGUCUGCUGGAUCAUGAGUCACCGCCACCGGCACUCCCGCAGCUCUGGAGCCAAUGGCGCCCGCCGCAAACGGGACAAAGAGCAGAGCAUGCUGGGACAGGGUCGCAGCGGGUCGGUGAUGAGUGUGACAAGAACCAGCGGUGGGGAGAGACGGCGUUCGCAGGCAGACAACCCCUUCGUCACGCCCAACGGUUGGCCUAAAGGAGAGAUGGACCCCGGCCUGCUGCACCCGGAGCAGACCCCGCUGCAGCAGAAACGGGCCAUGCGACUCCCAGACUCAGACUGGGACCAGAGCCAGACCUUCCUCACUGCCGUAGGCACGCCCUGCCCCAACAACUCCGUCAUCUACCUGAGCUCCAAGUUCCUUCACGGAGGUGGAGGGGGGUAUGGUCCGGAUAGAGGACCCGGGGGAGGUGGUGCUGCCCCCGCACACGAACGCCAGCGCUACCUGAUCCUCGCCACCAGAGAGGGGGCACGUGGCAGUCGUCCCACCGGCAAUCUGAGGAACUCAGCGGGCGAAUACAUCUACCCCGCCACGCCUCAGGUCCCCGACCGGCGGAGGGUGGUUUCCGCUCCCACUCCCCACAUGGACUAUGGGGAGCCUCGCUGGAGUCACGAGGCACUCAACUACAACAGCCAUGGAGCGCCCUAUCACCCUCAGCGCCAGGGCCUCAUCAGGCCAGACAUGCAUGGGCCUCGAGGGCUGGGAGAACUGGCUGACUUCAGUCAUCUUCUAGGAAAGAACAUGGGAGAGCGCACCCCCAGUGGCCAGUGAGGUGAAGGACGUGAAGCCUGACACCGAGCUCUCUCUAAAAACCCAUUCCCUCCAACAGUAAACUGGAAUAAAUCAACCCCUCAGACUCACUGUUCCGGUCCAACCUUACCCUGUCUGUCCUCUCUCACUGUCAUUCAAUGUUCUGACGUCAUUCAGCUGACUGAAGAGAGAGACGCAGAGAAAAGAAACAUAGAGAGAGUUGAAAAAGAGGAGAAAACUCUCCUUGCGUCCCCUGUUUCGUAAUCGGAGGUGUGCCCCUCUGAUCUGUCAGUGGUACCACCCACAGAGCGUGACUUUGACACCACAGGACAAACAGAACGGUAAAACAGAGGGGUACAAAAGGAAGGGGAAUCUUCUUUAAAGGACACUGUGGAGAUUUUUAAAAAAACAACAAUUUUGCUCGCAGCGCCAAUGUGAAAGGUCUCCCUCCACCAUUUUGUUCACCGUUUUGACACCAUGGAUCUUCUUUGAGUGUGAAAUUUUGUUUCUGCUUUUGUUUUUUUUGUUGUUUUUUUUUUCUCGUGCCAGUGGCAUCCAGCAGACAACAAUGUGCUUUACUUUGGAUUUUAGAUGACACUAAAAACUGUUGUAGCUGUGCCAGAGGGCAGUGACUCUCGAUGAAUCAUGCAGUGUGUUUGUGAUCGUGUGUGUGUGUGUGUGAGUGUGAGAAUGAAGGUGUGGCCACAACAACCCCAACCAGCGUCCUGGCUUAACUGUGAAGCAUAACUAUAUAAUGAAGUUGGUGAUAAUGUUGUUUUUUGUUUCCUUUUAUAAACAAUCAGAGAGACAAAAGAUUUUUAUUAUAUGUCUACUUGAAGCUCUUAUGUGUUUUACCAAUCAGAGGUUUGGAUGGUGGCAACUGAGGGGUUCGAGUCGAGGAGAGCAAUAAUCAGCAAGAAAGGACAAAGAUGAAGCCAAUUUAAUUUGAUAUUUUUGAUAAUAUCGCUGUCUUCUCGGCAAAGCAAACUGAAGCUUAGAGACGUCAGGAAAAGCAAAGCUCUGGGAAAAAAGGAACAGUAUCUCCCCUCCGCUCCUCUUCCUCCCCCGCUGCCUCUCAGUAUGCCGGGUCUGUGUGACCUGACUGGAGGCCUCCCUGGGCUCCACGGUCCAUUCUGAAGGAGGGAAUGUGAGCUCUAGCUGUCUGGCUAUCUGACUGAGGCUGUGAGGCCCCGGCCGCUUGGGAGCUCCAUUCAGCCUCUUCUGCCCGACACUGAGCCUCUUUGUGCCCCCAGAAGCAGGAGGAGACUGCGGCAACAAAUAGCCGUUAAGAGUCAGGGACCUAGCCCACCGCCACAGCCCUCGCAGAAUAUCAAUGAGGAGGACACCAGCUCCGUCCGUCAUGCGAGAUACGCCAACCAGACCGGGCAUCUCUCGAGGUUUCACCCACGCUGGCAUUUGACUGGGGUUUGCCGGGGCAGGGAGGAGCUGAGGGGCAGAAGCUGUGGGGCUGAGGCCGAGGUUGGGGGCACUGCUAACCGUCACAGUCCCUCGUGGCUUUCUCUCUUUCUGUCUUUCAGUGUGUUUCCCAACAAAAGCGGGAUAAAGAAAACAGACGGGCAUGGGUAUACUUGGGUGUGGAGUUACUCUUUCACUGUGUUGUCGGAUCUUUUGAUGUUGUCUGUUUUUUUUGUGCGUGUCUGCACUCAUCCAUUCUUGAUUCAAAUGUAGAUCCACAGAUAGCUUUAGUUCAUCUGGGUCAUGGUUUAGCAAAGACGGCGCUUUUGUGUGUGUGCGUGUGAGUCUCUUAGGGCUUGUAUACAUGAAUGUGUUACUCAUAUUGAGUGCAAAAAACCAGCUUUGAUCAAAUUUACACUCGUUCUUAUCUGUCUUCUUUUCUCCCCACCCUGUUCUUUGCUCUAUUGAACCAUUAAUGGCUGCGUAACACUUGAAAAUGCACGCUUACAGAGUCGGAUCCUUGCACAAGAGCAGAAUACGCUAUACAAUACACCUAAACCAUUAUACUGCACACAAAGAGGUGCAGUUAGAAAUGGAGAACUGGUCCUCUUCACUUGAUAGAUACUAUCAAUGCACUCAAGACACAGUUCUGAUACUAAAAAACAGUGUUUGAGUUAAGAAAAAUGUGGCUAACACAAAACUGUUUUCCAUUUGAGACAGCUAUAGUGAAUAUUCUCACAUUAGCAGUUGAAUGCAUGUGACAAACAUCUUCAAAUGAGCUGUUUUGGUUUUCUGGCUCAAAAAAUUAAUUGUUUUGCUUUUACCCCAGUCAUUAGUUCUGCAGCAACCAGCUAUUGUCUUACACAUUAGACAUAUUUUAUACCUUCAUUUGACAAGUAUAAUGAUCUUUUUGCAUUUAACACUAUAACCCAACGCAAUGAAAUCAGUAAAAGCUAAAUGCUGUCUGUUUUAUCAUGCUUUCCCCCAAAUAAAACAGUGCAAAUUUGUCAAAAUUUAGAUGUAAAUGAACUGUCUGAUCAGACGGAACGAGUAAACAAGAGCAUAAAUCUGAAAAACACUCGAUACCGGCUGACAGUUUUCGAUACAGUUCCACGAGCACAUUUCUGUUGAGGUUUAAUUCCCCGGCCCUAACAAAUGUACAGCCAGAGCGGAGGGUAAUAUAUGAGACAAGCCAGUGAAAGAGAUUUAUAAAAGCAAGGACGGAGAGGGCAGGUCAGGCAGGCGAACGUGAUGUUACUGCAUUACAGCCUCGCCACAUUAGUACAGUGUAUUCUUCACACAUUCCACCCUGAAACAGGCCAUUAGUAUUGAGGAUACGGAGCUCUCCAUCCCCCCCGUGUCUCCAUCUCUGCCGUGGCCUGAGUGCUGCGUGUCUGUUUUGUGUGUGAAUGAGGCCUCUCUGUCUCGGCCGGCGUGCCCAGCCAGCCGUGUCCUCGCUCCGCAUCUCCUCCGGUGUUUCACUAAACAUGCUUGAUUAGGCAAAGUACAUUCCCGGCCCUUUAAAUGGACUGAUGAGCCGCUGAGAAGAUUACUACAGACACAUCAGCCCAGAGAGGGGAGGUUCAACCAGUUCUUUUUUUCCUUUUUACCACCAGCCAACCAUACACAUACAUGCACACACGAAUAGACCCCUUCAAACCAAAUCUGGGAUGCAAUUGAAUUAAGAUCUGAAAUGGAGCUCAGGCCUGAACUAGGCUGACCGGUUCUAGGAAAGAUACAGUACAUGAUGUUAUCUCGCAGACUGCAUAAUUUGAUUACCUUAGUUCAACAUUACAAGGCAGCUAAAGAAUUCAGGUGGAAGUCUGUGUGUUUAUGAAAGCCAUCAUCCUCCCCGUUUUCUUUACAUACUUCAUGUCAUUCCUGUUCCUCCUCCUCAAACAGCUGCACUCUGUCUUCUCUCAAGCCCCUUUUAUUGCUAACAGACUAUCUCAUGUGAGUUUCCAUUGUGUUUUUCGCUAUUAAAGGUGAGCUGGUUAAUUUAAUGAGUCAGAAACAGAAAUCAAAGUAACCCCCACUUUAUUUCACAUCAAAUCCUUAAUGCGUAACAGCUUUUUUUUUUAGACAUUUUCGAAGCCUCUCAUGCGGUAAAUUGCUUUCCUGUGCUUAGAAGUGAUUUUGUUUGGAGUUUUUUUUGUGUGUGUUAAUGUAGCAUAUAUUGCCUCCAGUCCUACACACACAUACACACAACACACAUUCUCCAUCUUUAUCUCUAUUCUGCACGUAGCGACAUGAAAUUCCCACCCAGACUUUGUGACCCAGUCUGUCUGUCUUUGUUUUUAUUUAUCAUGUUGUGCGCUUGCUGAAGAGACCAUGCCUUUGUGUGUUGGGGUUGUUUGUGUCGUGUGGCCCAGUGAUGCGAUGCCCUCCCAGCCAAUAACUGCCAUUUUGCCCUGCGGCGCUCCACCGUGCUGUAUGAGCUCUACGCCCUAGAAAAGAAAAAAAAGAAGUCCAGAUAAAGGGAGACUAACUUGCAUUCAAUCCAACAAGGAAGUAGCAAAACUGCUUCCUUCCAAGCCAACGUGUGAGAGGACUUAAAAAAAAAAAAAAAGCACAAAAACAAGGCGAAAACAAAAUCAACAUUUGCAUUUUUGUAAAGUUGUAGAUGUAUUUAGUCAGCACUGAUCAUUUUUGUCAUGUUUGUUUUUUUCUAUCGUUUGUUUCUGUGGUAGAUAUUUGGUUUCGAAAUUUCUAUGGAAUAUUAUUGUGUAUGAUUUCAAGUUCAAUUCUCUGGUGUGCCGGAUUUGAUGACGACAAUGAACCUGAUGACUAUCAUGAUCAACGUUACAAUGGAGCAGUACUGUGAGCAGCACCGAGGUGUUGUGGUUCCCGUUUGAAUCGGACGGGAGUUUAAGAAGUGGAAGAGGAGGAGGUGGAGUGAAUUAACCCAUAAAGACUGAGGUUGAAAAGGAGGUUUUUCUCCUGCAGAGUGGAGUCUCCUGCUACUGUGAAGGACCCCCGCUGUCCAGAGCCCGGACACCCCCCCCCACCCAGUCACUCCGGGGGGCCUCGGGGGGGCUGUCGGGCUGUCAUCAGAUGACAACACAUGUCCCUACUACGUGUACAUAACCUUAAUGCUUACAUGUAAUUUAAGUGCAGUAGCUGCAUGACGACACAGCCUCUGUGUGUGUACAGAAGUAGCGACGUGUGAAAUUUGUACAGUACAUGCAAGUGUGUGUGCUUGUGUCCGCGAAGAAAUCUGUCUGUCGUCACGCAAAAAAAGCAACACAUGCAUGCACCCUCUGACAACUGCACAGCACACAGCACACACUGAACACACACAUGCACACGUGCGCACACACACACUCCAGCAGUUGUUCACCAUUCUUCACAUUGUCCUGAGCUCUGCCUGUCACUCCUCAUGGAGACUUUGCUCUAUGUCAACUUUCUUAUUCUAAUAAACCACUCAGACAUUGA